UGAAGUAGUCGCCAGCGCAGUAUUGGGCGGGAAAUUGUAACGUCAACUUCUCGAUAAUAGUGUUGUGCAGUAUUUAAGAGUUGAAUAAUCGAGAGAUCGUUGUUACAGUGAAGUAGAUAAUAAUAUUAAUUUUAUUUAAAAUGUGGCGGCGACUGAUAUUCGUUUUGCCAUUAGUAUUAUCAGUAUCAUCAAUCAAAGUCCCAGUAGACAAUGCAGACCCCACCGACGCUCCCAGUACUCCAGAAGCGACAAAAAAUACUCCAGUGUACUACAUAUCAGACGACGCUAAUGUCGACAGCUACCUAAUCCCUCCUGACCCACACAAAGCAGAAGAUUCACCCGAAGGGACAGGCGGCCCGCCUACAUUCUUGAUACCACCCUCAAAAGACAGCCAGCCUGGUUACUUCGUGCCCAAAGCAUCGGCAGACAUUCAAAGUGAUUGGUUACCCAUUCUACAAGCCCAAACACAAACCCAAACUAAACGCAAUGUUCAAUACCAAAGACUACCCCUGGAAACAAUCCCUAUAUUUUUCAACGGUAACCAAGGUGUAGCGGCGCCCCUAUCUUUACCUCCCGUACCUUCAACACGACUUGAACCGCCUUCAGUCGACGCUGUAAACGAGUUCUUCAUUGAUGUUCCCGAGGAGGAAGAAGUGCAUGUGGAUGAAAAUAAUGAGCCUAUUCAAGCACCAGACUAUAAUGUACGCCCUCAAAAUGAGAAUGAACCACCCUCAAAUCUGCAACUUGAUCCAGCAGAACCAACUCUCGCCUUACAUUUAACGCCGCCUAAACCACAAUCAUUGAACGCUCCAACAAAAUUGUUCCCAAAGAAAUACACUGGUGGUUUCAAACCCGUCCCGAUACCUCUCACUCAGUACGCUGAAACCGCACCAGAAGUACCGAAAGCGAAGCCUGCGAAAUACUUUAAACCGCAAUCGAAUGCCGAGGUACAACAAUACACGCCGACUGACGACGAGAAGAAAUUGUAUCAUUUCAAAAAAGCCGAGCAUCAAAGAAAACUGAAAGGAGAAGAAGCCUUAAAGCAACAGCAAUCAGCUGAUGGGGUGUCAGAGGAAACAUAUGGCGAGCCUACUUCGGCGGAACAAGAAACUUCGGAAACUAACUUAAGAUACCCCGGACACAACGUGUACCACGUACCUGACCACGUACAUCACGGGGCCCCGGGUCCUCUCCGUCAUGGGCCUCGACCUGCUCCCCUGCGUCAGGCCCCUCCACCGAGCCCCCCACAAGACGUGGGUCCUGCUGCACCAGCUCCCGAUGGCAGAACAGAGUUCAGGAUGCACGGCAUGAAGGGACCACAUAGCUAUCAGUUCGGUUACGAUACAGGCAAAGGCAAAAACCGCCAAUUCCGGUACGAGGAGCGAGACAACGAUGGAUUGGUAAAGGGCCACUAUGGUUACGUGGACAGGUCCGGCAAACUCCGAGUGGUCAACUAUAGUGCGCAUCCCGAGUACGGUUUCCGUGCUGAAGAACCAGUAGAAAAACAGCCAUGAAUGUAGAACGCAUUAUAACACGUGGUUGUAGCGCAGGGGUCAUAAUACCUUGGUCAUGUUUCAUUCAUUAGAUUUUCGACUUAUUUACAAGUCAGAUAAGGCUGAAUAUCUAUUGAAGAAACUACAUAGUUAUUGCGUUUUCUAAUAACCCAUUCUAAUAGCAUCCCGUUCGCUCCUUUAAAUGUUCAAUUUCAAAGGCCAAGAUGUAUUGGUCUAACUACAAUUUACUUUAUCGGGUUCUUUAGCAUUGAUAGUAUUGUCUAAUCUUUACGACCUCUGAAGUUCAAAUGGUGUAAAUAUAUUU